AUCAUCGGUUGUUGUCACAAAAUGUAUGUAUCCCUUUCUAUUCUCUACAGAAUCAAAUUCAUGUUUUUUUUUUCUAUUUCAUAGUUGAUAAGCUUAAGUCAAGAGAGAUCGAUAUUGAACAAGUCAAGUCAGUUGUGACAUCAUUCUUUGAUGUGCCUUUGUUUUAUGUCAAUCUAAGUGUAAAAUCCAUCCAUUUGUUUCGUAUUACUUAUGCCCAAACUAUAGAAUCAAAUAGAAAAAACACGCUUAUGUUAUCAAUUGACACGUAAAAUCAAGACAGAAACACUUCAGUUAAAACAAAUCAAUACAUCUUUACUUCGAUGCCUUGAAAUCUAUGAUUCCACUGAUGAAGAAGAAGAAUCAGAACAUAGUAUCCUAUCAGAAAGAAUGGAGCCAAUCACAUAACAGCCUAUUGAUUCAUCUCCCUCUUUCAUUUCUUUCUCCCCCCCCCCCUUUUUUUUUAUUUUUAUUUUUAUACAUGUAAAUAAAUGCAACAAUCCGAAUAUUACAGCUACAUACUUAAUAACUCUAAAAACCUACAACAAGACAACAGCAACUAUUAUGCUAAUCUUGAGUCAUCCAGUGGACCUUCUCAAGCCCCUUUAUUGGAAAAAGAAACACAGCUUAAAGGCGGGACAGAUUUCCGAAGAAGAAAGAACUGGUCAGAACGUAUCUUGGUUGAAAUCACCGGUCUGUUACAUGUAUUAUCACCUACAGGCAAAAUUCUGUAUUGUUCAGAGUCCACGCAUGAAUUAACAGGCUAUCGACCUCAUGAACUUGUAGGUCAAGCACUGAUAGAUUUCUUGCAUGUGGAUGACAUGGAUGUCUUUAUUCGUGAUUUUCAAAUGUCAUUUCACACGCGUUCUCAGAUCAAGACCCAUUAUCGAUUUCGCAAAAAGGAUGAUACUUAUGUGAUUUUUGAAGUCGUGGGUCAUCCCAGGUCAGAUUUCCCUGGUCAACCACCCCAAAGCUUUUUUGGUAUUGCUCAGCCAAUUCCUACCAAAAGUGGUGCUUUGAUUGAUACUUUUCUGGAACUCAAGACAGAGAACAAUUGGCUCAAGAAGCGCAUUGAUGAAUUGUCUGCUAAAUAUGGCAAGGUAGAAAGGAAUCGUGAAGAGACUAGCAGUAGUGGUGCCUCCACUGUAUUGGAAUCCAACUUUAUACCAAACUUGUUGAAUGUGAAUUCUGAAGAGUGGAUGGAUACCUCUGAUUUAGAUGAUUAUGCCUACAAAGAAGAGCACAAAAUACCCACCAAUCCAGAUCAGGAAACCAUGGAUGCAUUAGAAAGAAAAGAUAAAUGGAAACGACGCGUAAGGGAAAUUUAACACAAUGCAAUGACUCAUUUGUAUUUUAAGAAGAAACACAAAGGAGCAGAUGAAUAUGUGUGUGCUGAUUGUGGUACUACUUCCUCACCCGAAUGGCGUAAAGGACCUCAUGGACCCAAGACCCUAUGUAACGCAUGUGGUCUUCGUUGGGCCAAAAAGAACAAAAAGAGAGAUUUGAAUGAUGACUGAAACAGCAAGGAUUCUCCGAAUAGCUUUUUUGAUCCCGUUUGAUUAUUCCCUUCCUCCUCCUCCUCCUCCCCCUUUUUU